AGCUUAUCUUCAUUAAGCAGGAAUUGAUCAUCGCGUCAACUUCAGCCACUGGGCGACUCAAUUUUACUUUUAAUUUGAAGAACAUAAUUAUUCCCGAAACAUGCGUGAGUGUAUUUCUAUCCAUGUUGGCCAGGCCGGAUGUCAGAUGGGCAAUGCAUGUUGGGAGUUGUACUGUUUAGAACAUGGUAUCCAGCCUGAUGGUCAGAUGCCAUCAGACACUACAAUCGGCGGGGGUGACGAUUCCUUCAAUACCUUCUUUUCUGAAACAGGAGCCGGUAAACAUGUACCGAGAGCCAUCUUCGUCGACCUUGAGCCCAGCGUUGUCGAUGAAGUACGAACUGGUACAUACCGUCAACUGUUCCACCCCGAUCAACUCAUCACUGGUAAAGAAGAUGCAGCCAAUAACUACGCUCGAGGUCACUACACCGUCGGCAAGGAAGUCGUUGAUCUGGUCUUGGAUCGAAUUCGACGGCUAUCGGAUCAGUGUACUGGUCUCCAGGGUUUCCUCGUGUUCCAUAGUUUCGGUGGAGGAACCGGUUCUGGUUUUACAUCCCUGCUUCUGGAGAGACUUGGUGUGGAGUAUGGUAAGAAAUCUCAACUGGAAUUUGCCAUAUACCCAGCUCCGCAGAUUGCCACUGCAGUGGUUGAGCCCUACAACGCUAUCCUAACAACCCAUACAUCAUUGGAGCAUUCAGACGUUGCCUUUAUGGUAGACAAUGAAGCUAUUUACGACAUCUGUCGUCGUAAUUUAGAUAUUGGGCGACCCACCUACACAAAUCUGAAUCGUUUGAUUGGCCAGAUUGUCAGCUCUAUUACUGCUUCUCUCAGAUUUGAUGGCGCGCUGAAUGUUGACUUAACUGAAUUCCAGACCAAUUUAGUACCAUAUCCUCGGAUACAUUUCCCCCUUGCUACCUACGCACCAGUAAUAUCUGCUGAAAAGGCUUAUCAUGAGCAAAUGACCGUUGCAGAAAUAACCAACGCUUGUUUUGAACCUGCAAAUCAGAUGGUAAAAUGUGACCCUCGUCAUGGAAAGUACAUGGCUUGUUGUAUGUUGUACCGCGGAGACGUUGUACCUAAAGAUGUUAAUGCGGCCAUUGCUACCAUUAAAACCAAGAGAACCAUCCAGUUUGUGGACUGGUGUCCAACAGGUUUUAAAGUGGGUAUCAACUACCAACCACCAACUGUUGUACCAGGAGGUGAUUUAGCCAAGGUUCAGAGAGCAGUUUCAAUGUUGAGCAACACCACAGCGAUUGCUGAAGCCUGGGCUCGCCUGGAUCAUAAAUUUGAUCUGAUGUAUGCAAAGAGAGCCUUUGUCCACUGGUAUGUUGGUGAAGGUAUGGAAGAAGGAGAAUUCUCUGAAGCCAGAGAGGAUUUGGCUGCUCUGGAAAAAGAUUAUGAAGAAGUUGGGGUUGACGGAGAUGACGAUCCUGGAGAAGAAGAUGAAUAUUAAAUUUUUACACAUAAUUUAGACCUUUAGUAUGCCUAUGUAUAAUGUUUUUUGGCUAUAUAUCGAGGGUUUAGAAGACAAUUGUGAUAAGUCAAAAUUUCUGAUUUUGAGAAAAUUGCAAAUUAAACUUUUGAAUCAGAGAGAGAGAGAGAGAGAGAGAGAGAGAGAGAGAGAGGGAUGGUGCUUAAUGUCCACUCGACACAAACCAGGUUAUUUUGGGACUAAUUCUAUUUCAAUAAUUAGCUUGCGCAUAGGGGUCUGUAGCAGUGGCAGGGAACUGGAGGACCCGGAGAAAACCCACGAGGUUGGACAGACGACCCUACUCCUUGUCACGUACAAGGGGGAAUGGAAACCACGCCACUUGACUCAAUGACAGACAUUAUGAUACAGCGCUCACGCGUUAACCAUUCGGCCACCCAACAAUAAAUCAGAGAAACCACGCAUGCUUCUUCUAGAAUGUCACACCAAUUUGGGUUUUUUUCUGCUCUUAGAGUUCUUGAUAAAUAAAUAGUCACUUGAAUCACGUAAAAGAUAUUUUGUUCAAAUUUCAAAAAUUUGAAAUGUAGGAUUUUGAACAGUAAGAAUGAGUACUUUUCGUUUUUAAACAAGUCAUUUUCCCGACGAAAUAACCGUCUUCAUUAACCUAUUCGAAGUAGAACAUUAAACCCCAUUUCAUUUCCUGACGAGAGAGAGAGAGAGAGAGAGAGAAUUUUAUUUCAGAGACUAACAUAUGGUUCAAUUUUGUUUCAGAGACAGACAGACAGACAGACGUCCACUCACAUUAAACGAGGUCAUUUCGGGACUAACAUAUGGUUCAAUUUUAUGUCAAUAAUUCGCCUGCCCGCAGAGGUUUUUUGCAGUGGUAGGAAACCGGGGGUAGCGUUUAUUCAUUUAGGUGGUAAUCGCCCGUGGAUAUGUACCGGAAAAUUUGUUCAAUAGUGACAUCAUUCGAAGAAUAGUGAAUGAGUCUACAGCUGUGACUAACCGGAGUAAAAAAUCUCGGUUAUAAAGGGAGAUAACUGUGUAAAUAUUUCAAUUUUAUAAAAAUUAUCGAAUAUUCGUUGCAGUCAUUAUACUGAUGUGGUGUUAUUUGACGAUAUUAUGUUGUGAUUUGAUAAUAUUGGGUAGUAUUUGAUAUUAGUAUUCGGUAGUAUUAGAUUAUUAUUUGUAUGUUUUGGGUGGUAUAUAGGAAGGCAAAUGGUACAACCAGACAUCGGUAAUCGCAAUAUAACUCGCGAUAUUACUCACUAUUCUUGAAAAAAAAUAAUAUGCCCAUGGCAUUUAGCAGCAUUAUGUUGUGUAGUAUUGGGUAGUAUGUGGUGAUAUUGAGGUGGUAUUGGCUAGUAUUGGGUAGUAUUGGGUAAAUCGCACCCCACCCCCACCCUUUUAAAUUGGGUGAUUUUAAGAUAUUUGGAAAUGAGUAAGGAUGAUGAUAUCUGCAUCAAUGAGAAUUACAUGCUCUUCGUUUCUAAAAAAUAAAAUAAAUGUUAUUUUUGACUUUUAACAAUUAUGUUCUAUACCCUCGAUAUGUUAAUAAUUUUUAGUUGAUUAUAAUUAUAAUACAACAUUUUUACAGAUAUUGUGCUUAAAUACUCUUAAUUCCGUCCAUACUUUUUAACCUGUAUUAUAAUUAUAAUACAACAUUUUUACAGAUAAGCUACGUCUACAUUAGCAGCAUUCACCGUCUACACUAGCCUUUUAAAUCCCGGUUUUUUCCUAAAAGCCGGCUUUUUCAAUUUCUCAAUCGUAAAAGCCGGCUUUUUAAAAUCCGGCAAUUAUUUAGGGAUUUUUCAAAAUCAAAAAGCCGGCUUUUUCAAAAAACCGGCAAUUUUAUGUGUGUAGACGGUAAAUCCGGGAUUUAUCAAGUACCCGGAUGUCAUUCGUCCCGAGCUUCCGUACAUUCAUAACAUUGGCAUUGCUUCCGGUUCUAAGAAAUUGCGGUAAAUCUCAAAUCCAUCUAUAGCCUAGCCUAUUUAAUUUCAACAUGCCUAACCUAAAAUGGGUUAACGAGGAGUUCUUAUUGCUAAUUGAGAUUUGGGGGCGGGGGAACAUUCAAUUCAAGCUUUGUUUGAUGGAACUGUCAAAGACAAUAAAAUUUACAGGGUUAUAUGCGCUGAAUUAGCCGAAGCUGGCUUCUCUCGGUCCACCGAACAGGUCAAAAGCAAGUUAAAACGGCUCAAGAAGGAAUACGUCGGUGUUCAUCGUCUUUUUCCGUUCAGUCAGUGUAGACGCUACACUUGAAAAAGCCGGGUUUUGAAAAAACCGGGUUUUUAAAAAGCCGGCUUUUUCAAGCCUAGUGUAGACGAAGCUAUAUUGUCCUUAAAUACUCUUAAUUCCGUCCAUACUUUUUAACCUGUACCUAAGCUACACAUGUAAGUGGUUUAACUUUGGGACCUGGUUAUACCAGUGUAACUGCAGAUAUUGAUAAUAGUGUUUUAACUAUUGUCCUUAAAUCUUCUUCUUUCCGUUUAUAUUUUUGACUAUUAUGAGGAA